AUGGAAGCAAAGACGAUUACGUUCUCCUCUCCGUCUUCGUGGUACUACGCCGUGUCCUCAAUUUCUAUGGCGGAGGAUUCGUCGUCUCGGUGGAAGUACGAUGUUUUUCUCAGUUUCAGAGGAGCAGAUGUUCGGAAAAGUUUCAUAAGCCAUCUCUACGAAGCUCUCACUGAUGAAGGAAUCGAGACCUUCCACGAUGACAGAGAACUUCAAAAAGGCGAUUUCAUCUGGGAAGGUCUUGGGGAAGGGAUCGAUCAGUCACGAUUCGCCAUCGUUGUGAUAUCCAAAGGCUACGCUACCUCUCGUUGGUGCUUGGAAGAGCUUUCGCUUAUGGUCGACCUCGUUAUGAAGAAACGACUUGAAUUGAUCCCUGUAUUCUAUGAUAUUGAUCCGUCAGACUUGAAGAGUCGAAGCGGAUGUUUCAACGAAGCUCUUGAGAACCAUGAGCUGAGGUAUGAUCUUGAGAAGGUGGGUAAAUGGAGAAUGGCUUUAGCUCAAGUUGGAAACAUUUCUGGCUGGGUCUCCAAAACCAGGAAUGAGGACUCAAAGCUUGUACAAGAAAUUGUUCAAGAUCUUUCUGACAGAUUAUACUCAGAUUCACCAGGCGACACAACUGGAUUGGUCGGGAUGAGUUCUCACAAGAGAAACAUGGAAGCUUUCUUAUCGAUGGACUCUGUAGAUGUCCGAAUGGUAGGAGUCUGGGGUAUGGGUGGCAGAGGGAAAACCACCAUCGCAAAGUAUGUCUUCGAAGACCUCUCGAGUCAGUUUGAUGUUUGCUGCUUGCUAGAUAACGUGAAAGGAGAUUUCAAACAAUAUGGUAUAUCACAUUUACGAAAGGAAAUCAUGUCUAAAUUCUUCCCAAAAAGUCGCCUGAAUGCACAGAGCAUCAGUUCUGAUGUAAUGAAGCGAAAACUUCGUGGCAAGAAGGUUCUUCUCGUCCUUGAUGAUGUUGAUGACAUUCAACAACUGCAAGAAUUGGCUGGAAACUGCAAGUGGUUUGGACCAGGAAGCAGGAUCAUUAUAACUACACGAGACAAGCGUGUGUUAGAUGUGCAUGGUGUAAAACACAUUUAUGAAGUGAAGCCUCUGAGGCCUACCCAAGGACUUCAGCUUUUUAGCGAGUAUGCCUUCAAAAUGAAUCGUCCACCAGAAGAAUUUAGAAAACUCUCUUUAGACAUUGUCGAGCAACUUGGUGGUCUUCCAUUAGCGCUUAAAGUCAUUGGUGCAUCUCUAUAUCAACGGGAAACAAAAUUUUGGAAAGAGAAGCUGUUUAUACUGAAAAAUAGUCUUGAUAAAGAUAUCUCACUGUCGUUAAGAGUAAGUUAUGAUGCACUGGAUGAGCAUGAAAAGAUUGUUUUUCUUUAUGUUGCUGGUUGUUUCAAUGGUGAAUAUAUGGAUCGAGCGGAAAAGGUACUAGACCCCUUUGUCUUUUCUUCUGGACCAAGCCUAGUAACUUUGAUGGAGAAGUCUCUGAUUAUAAUGUCAAACAAUAGGAGGCUAUGGGUUCAUGACCUACUUCAAGACAUGGCCAAGGAUAUCAUUUGUGAUGGAAAAAAGGAAAAACCAUGGAAGCGUAAAAUGCUGUCUAAUUUUUUGGAUAUCGAAGGCUUGUUCACCAAAAAUAUGGUAAGACAAGAAAGUGUAAAGCUAAAUCUAGGCAUGAACAUUUGUUUUCUCUUAUUCCGUAUUCGGUUUUCGGAGCAGAUUUGUCGCUUUUUUAGUUUCUCGAUUAAGCUUGUGCUGAUCACUGUUUUACUCUGUCAUGGCAGGGAACUAAAGACAUCGAGGUUGAAAGUAUAUUGCUCAACAUGGCUGAAGAAACAGAGCUUUGCAUUAAUCCUGUAG